AUGGAAAAUAAAACAGCAGUGACUCCUACAGAUAAAAAAAAUAAAAAAAAUAAAUCUACUAAUUUAACAACACAAAAAAAUGUUGGGGGUAAUAUUUCAACUCCUAAAGAAGAAAUAAAAAAGGUAAAAAAUACUUCUGCUAAUGAUGUCAAUAAAGUAAAAAAAUCUCAAGUUAUAAAUCCCAAAAUAGCAGAAAAUGAGGAUUCAUUAGAUCGUAAGAAAGAGUUAAAUGAUAUCAAAAUAUUAGUAACAAAUGAUGAAGGUUUACAUACAUUACCACCAGGAGCUGUUGGAAGACGUUCCCCUUUAAACCCUUUUUCUUCUCCAAUGCUGGGAAAGUAUAGAAGAAAGAAUAAAAAUGCAAAAGUAAAAGUAAAAGACCCAAGAUUAAAUAAUAAUCCGUUGACUGGAAGAUUAAUAGUAUGUAUAUCAACAACGGCUAUUUUAUUUUGGGUUUUUUUUGCUCAAAUGGUAUUUAAUUAUAAUACCUUUAAUGGGAGAUGCAUAUCAAAGGUAUUAUAUCCUAUAUAUACUGAAACUGUAACAAAAAAUAGAGAGCCUUUUUAUGUUUCUUUAGGAUAUGGUGCAUGUGAAUACAAUUUAGAUGAGUUUGCUUCAAAUCGUCAUUUCAUUGGUUUAGGUGCAGAAGACGAUGGUUGGCCAAAUAACAAAGUAGAGGAAAAUUCUGAUUCAAAAGGAGAAGUUAGUUGGGAUUCUGUAAAUAGUCGUGUGUAUAAUCAGUUAGGUGGAUUAAAUACAAAUUUGAUAAGAAAUUACGGGGAAAUAUAUAGAUUAUUUUGGUCUAUGUAUCUACAUGGAGGUUUUAUGCAUAUAUUUUUUAAUGUAAUAUGCCAAAUACAAAUAUUAUGGAUGAUUGAACCUGAUUGGGGUUUUCUUAGAACCUUACUUUUGUUUUUUGUAUCAGGAGUUACAGGAAAUUUAUUAUCUUCCGUUUGUGAUCCUUGUGGUGUUACAAUAGGAUCUUCUGGAGCUUUAUAUGGAUUAAUAGGAGCUCUUUUUACAUAUUGUAUUGAAUACUGGAAAACAAUCCCAAGACCAUGCUGUGUUUUAAUUUUUAUGAUCGUUGUCAUUAUUUUUGGUAUUUUUAUUGGUAUGUUUGGAUAUACAGAUAAUUACGCUCAUAUGGGAGGAUGUUUAGGAGGUAUUUUAUAUGGUUUUGCAACAAUCACUACUGUUUCUGCUGCAGAUAAAUGUACUUUAGGGGAAAGGAUGCUUACAUCUCCUCCUUUUUCUUGGUUUCUUUCUAAUGAAACAAAAGAAUUAAUUAAAGCUAAAGCUAGAGAAAAGAAGAUAAAAGGAGAAAAUUAUAGAAAGAAGCAGCUAGCCAAUAAAGUUCAUAAAGAUGACACUCUUCACUUAUUAAUGGCUGUUAUGAAAAAUAGAUUAAAUGAAGAAGGUAGACCUCCUUGUAAAAUGAAAUUAAGAGAAUGGAUAGUUCGAAUAACCGCUGCUGCUUCUCUAAUAAUAAUGUGGAUUAUUUUAUUUACUUAUUUAUUAAGUGAAAGAGCAUAUAAAUCUUAUUCUCCAUUAGGACAGAUUAAAUUUUCAGGAAUGCAUUCAUGUUAUUGUUGUGAAGUAAUAAAAAAUAAAAUUAAAUUUGUUAAUCUAGAAAAUUUUUACUGGUGUUUUCAUGAUGAAGAAGCAGCAAAAUUUUAUUGUGGCACAUGA